AUGCCUCUCCUUAAGACCCCAAGUAAACUUGUCGUUGCCGUUGACUUCGGCGAGACAAACUCUUCGGUCUUUUACGCCCUUCUCCCCGGAGGAGUCCAACCGGAAAGUCCCCAUCUGGCUGUCAGGACAGUUCAGAAUUAUCCAUAUGAAAUAUCGAUGCACAGAGGGAAUUCGAUGUUCUUGGAAGUCCCAACGCUUAUGCGAUACCCCAACGACUGGGUUUUUCGACCUCUGGAUGAGCUGAGGAGCGAACCACCAGGUGCUAUCCGUCCGAGGAAUGACCAGGUACAAUGGGGAUUCCAAGUGCAGCAUCAUAUGGCAAAGGUUAUGUCACAUUCUGACAACACACAUUCUCUGCUGUACGGGUUUAAGAAUCUUAUGAAUCAAUCAGAAAAUCACGAAAUUCACAACCCCCAUCUCGUCGAAACUCUCCUCCGACUAUCUAACAAUGGUCCUUACUCAAGGGAGAUCUCGCUUCACGAGAUGGUGCUCUUGGUGAUCAUUGUGGCUACUCUCUGGUCGUUCAAUAAUCGAGGAGGGAGACGUUUUCACGAUCCUUGA